AUGGUGAAAACGGAAAAAAACUACAAGAGGCUUAAGGGAAGCCAAAGCUUCCGACAGAGGCUGCUUCUCUCCACACUCUCUUCAACUCCGAUUAUCAUAGAAGACAUACGCACCCACGAGACAUGGUCUGGUCUUCACAGCCACGAGAUUUCACUCUUGCGAUUAUUCGAAACUGUCUGUGAUGACUGCCGUGUUGUAAUCAACCAAACCGGCACCAAAUUGAAGUACGAGCCAGGAACUAUUAUGGGUGGUAGGAUAAAUCGUCCGCACGAUUGUGGUGUUUCACGAUCCAUUGGUUAUUUUCUUGAACCGCUCGUUGUUUUGUGUCUGUUUGCCAAGGAACCCCUCACCAUUACGCUCAAAGGGAUUACAAAUGAUUCUAAAGACCCGUCGGUCGAUACCUUCAAGUCCGCUGCUUUUCACAUACUUGAGCGCUUUGGAGUGGACUUUAAAGCCUUGAGUCUUAAAAUAGAGAGCCGUGGACUGCCUCCUAAUGGUGGUGGUGAAGUUAUUCUGUCACUUCCUAUUGUUCAGAGCCUAAAUGCAGUUAAUUGGAUCGAUGAGGGAUUUGUUAAGAGGAUACGAGGAGUUACGUUUUCAACCAAAGUAUCUUCUCAAUUUGAAACUAGUAUGAUUAGAGCUGCGCGUGGAAUCAUCAAUCCACUAAUUUCUGAUGUGCACAUUUUUACCGAUCAUAGAACGGGUCCACCGGCUGGAAACUCUCCCGGAUAUGGAAUUUUACUAGUUGCAGAGACUACUUCUGGUUGCUAUAUCUCUGUCGACACUGCCGCUUCUCAUGGUAGGGACGAAGAUACUUCCGGCCUUGCAGAUGAUGUGAAAAAGGAUCUGAUGCCUCCAGAGGAUAUUGGCGAGGGGAUUGCUAAUUCUUUACUAGAGGAGAUAGGUCAAUCUGGAGUGGUAGAUUCAACAUAUCAGGGUAUGCUAUUUCUUCUUUGUGCUUUAUGUCCUCAAGAUUUUUCCAAGGUUCGCGUUGGAAAGCUUUCGCAAUAUGGUAUUGAAACUCUUAGAAACAUAAGGGAUCUUCUUGAUGUGAAGUUUAUUAUCAAACCAGAUCCGGAUACACAGUCAGUUAUCCUCAAAUGCAUUGGCUGUGGCAUGAAGAACCUUUCUCGAAAGAUCUCAUGA